UUCGCGGAGACCUAGCGGCGCCGAGGGGCGCGGCGCGGCGCGGCGCGGCGCGGGAGGACCCAGUCAAAACGAGGCCCUGCGGCCGCUGAGGCUACGGAUUCAGAGUUUGAAACCGUGAUGAAGGAAGAAGUGAAAGGGAUCCCAGUCAAGGUGGCUCUGCGCUGCCGCCCACUUCUCCCCAGGGAACUGGAUGAAGGUUGCCAUAGCUGCCUUAACUUUGUACCUGGAGAACCUCAGGUGGUAGUUGGCAAUGGGGACAAAUGCUUCACCUACGACUUUGUGUUCGACCCGUCAGUGGAGCAGGAAGAAGUCUUCAACACAGCAGUUGCUCCUCUCAUAAAGGGCAUCUUUCAAGGGUAUAAUGCAACUGUUCUGGCCUAUGGACAGACUGGCUCUGGAAAAACAUUUUCAAUGGGAAGUGCAUAUACUGCAGCUCAAGAGCAUGAAUCGACAGUUGGAGUCAUCCCUCGGGUAAUACAACUACUUUUCACCGAAAUGGACAAGAAGGUGGAUUUUGAAUUCACGCUGAAAGUGUCUUACUUGGAGAUCUACAACGAGGAGAUUCUAGACCUGCUAUGCCCAUCUCGAGAGAAAUCCUCACAAAUAAAUAUACGAGAAGAUCCUAAGGAAGGCAUAAAGAUCAUUGGACUCACCGAAAAGAUUGUCUCGCUUGCCAUGGACACGGUGUCCUGCUUGGAGCAGGGCAACAACUGUAGGACUGUGGCCUCCACAGCUAUGAACUCCCAGUCUUCCCGAUCUCAUGCCAUCUUCACCAUCUCUGUAGAACAGAAAAAGAAAUGUGACAAGAAUAGUGUCUUUCGAUCCAAGCUGCAUCUUGUAGACUUGGCUGGUUCUGAAAGGCAGAAGAAAACAAAAGCUGAAGGAGACCGUCUAAAAGAAGGUAUUAAUAUUAACAGAGGGCUUCUCUGCCUGGGAAAUGUAAUUAGUGCACUUGGAGAUGACAAAAAGAGUGGCUUUAUCCCCUACAGAGAUUCCAAGUUAACCCGUCUGCUUCAAGACUCACUAGGUGGUAAUAGCCAUACUCUCAUGAUUGCCUGUGUGAGUCCUGCAGACUCCAACCUAGAAGAAACAGUGAAUACACUGCGCUAUGCUGACAGGGCAAGAAAAAUCAAGAAUAAACCCAUCAUCAACAUCGAUCCUCAGACAGCUGAACUUAAUCAUCUCAAGCAACAGGUACAGCAACUGCAAGUUUUGUUGCUGCAAACCCAUGGAGGGACCCUGCCCAUGUCUAUCAAUGUGGAGCCAUCAGAGAAUCUACAAUCCCUGAUGGAAAAGAAUCAGUCUCUGAGUGAGGAGAAUGAAAAGCUAAGCCGUGGACUAAGUGAGGCAGCUGGUCAGACGGCCCAGAUGUUGGAGAGGAUCAUUUUGACAGAACAAGCAAAUGACAAGCUGAUCUUCAAGCUAGAAGAGCUCAAGCAACAUGCGGCGUGCAAGCUUGAUCUGAAAAAACUGAUAGACUCUCUGGAGGAUGAAAACUUAAAAGAAAAUUUGGAGAUAGUUCAUGAUCUGCAACUUAUGAUAAUUCAGCUCUUGGAUGAUACUGAUGCGUGUGUGGCUUCGCCUGCCGAUGCUCCGACAGAGCCAGACACUCAAGUGGAAAUCAGCCCCAACACCAGCAGGUCUUCUGCUGGUUUCUCCACGGAACAUGCACUGCGCCAGGCUCAGAUGUCCAAGGAGCUGAUAGAACUGAAUAAAGCUCUGGCUCUGAAAGAAGCACUGGCCAAGAAAGUUAGUGAGAGUGACAGCAACCUGCAGCCCAUUCAGUUCCAGUACCAGGAUAACAUGAAAAAGCUAGAGUUGGAAGUUGUCAAUCUACAAAAGGAAAAGGAAGACUUGAUCCUUUUACUUAAUUCAACAAAGAAGGAUGUCAACCAAGCCAAAUUGAGUGAGCGUCGUCGGAAACGACUCCAAGAGCUGGAAGGGCAAAUUAUUGACCUGAAGAAAAAAUUGAAUGAGCAAUCAAAGCUUCUUAAGUUAAAAGAAUCCACAGAACACACAGUCUCCAAACUUAACCAGGAGAUACGGUCAAUGAAAAACCAAAGAGUACAGCUAAUGCGUAAGAUGAAAGAAGAUGCUGAAAAUUUUAGACACUGGAAGCAACAAAAAGACAAGGAAGUAAUCCAGCUGAAAGAACGAGAUCGUAAGAGGCAGUAUGAACUCCUAAAGCUUGAAAAGGACUUCCAGCAACAAUCCAAUGUCCUCAUACGGAAAACUGAGGAGGCAGUGGCUGCCAACAAGCGCCUCAAGGAUGCUCUCCAGAAACAGCGGGAGGUUGCAGAGAAGCGGAAAGAGAGCCAGAACCGAGGAAUGGAAGGAGCUGCAGCUCGAGUGAAGAGUUGGCUUUUCAAUGAAAUAGAAGUUAUGGUCAGUACUGAAGAAGCCAAACGCCAUCUGAAUGACUUCCUUGAAGAUCGCAAGAUAUUAGCUCAGGAACUUGUUCAGCUCAAACAGAAAAAGGAUGCUAGAGAAAACCCACCUCCCAAACUCCGGAGACAAACAUAUUUACUUGCUGAUCUGCAAAAUUUUGAAUCAAAUGAUACUAUCACAAAACAGAUAGAGAGUCUGGAGACUGAAAUGGAGUUCAGGAGUGCCCAAAUUGCUGAUCUCCAACAGAAAUUGCUGGAUGCAGACAAUGAAGAUAGGGCGAAGUACCGCUGGGAAAACAUCGCAACCAUUGUGGAGGCCAAGUGUGCUCUCAAAUGCUUAAUAAGAGAGUUGGUCUCUUCUAAAGUACAGCUCGGCAAACUUGAAAGCAACCUGAAACAGAGCAAGGACAACUGUUCUGAACUGCAAAAGAUGGUCUUUGAGGAACGGAAUCACACCACUGAGGUGGAGAAUGAGCUUCAGGAGCAGCUGGUGAAGUUAGAGCAACAGCAUCAGGAAAAGGUACUCUACCUCCUUAGCCAAUUGCAGCAAAACCAAAUUAUAGAGAGCCAGGUAGCGGAGUCCAUCAACGAACGGGAGCAGCAGCUGGUUGACAGGCUAAAGUUUCAGGAUGAAGAACUUGAGAAGAUGCGAGAAAUGUGUGAGCAAAACCAGCUGCUGCUUCAAGAAAAUGAAUCCAUCAAGCAGAAACUGAACCUUCUCCGAGUCGUGAGCUCACAGAAACUUCACCCUCCAAAACUUAGCAUUCUGUCUCCCGAUUCUUCCUUCGAGUAUGUCCCCCCCAAGCCAAGGCCUUCCCGUCUGACAAAAGAAAAGUCCCACAUACAGACCGUGGAAGUCGAGGAUCUCAAAUCUACUACAGAGCCCUCUGGGAGCGAAGCUGAUUGCGAUGAGGAUGAUGAUGAGUGGAAGCCAAAAAAAUCACUCAAAAUUUCCAAGAAGAACGUGCAAGGGUGUACCUGCAAAGGCUGGUGUGGAAACAAACAGUGCGGGUGCAGGAAACAAAAGAUGGACUGUGGAGCUGACUGUGUCUGUGACCCUACAAGGUGCCGGAACCGAGAACUGCAAGCAGAUACAUCCAGCAGCUUGGAAAGUAUUCACGUCUCUGAAGGCUCCUUCAAGCUGGAGGAUCCCACGGAAGUGACCCCAGGCCUGAGCUUCUUCAAUCCCGUCUGUGCUACGCCCACUAGCAAGAUCCUUCGUGAGAUGUACGAUGCGAGCCAGGUGCUGUCCGCCACAAAGUUAAAGAAGCAGAUUGCUUCCCCUGCCUCUUCCGAGUCUGGCCCUACGUCUGCCUCCCAGGAGAAUAAGGCUUCUGGGGAGAAGGAGAAGGAGAAGAAGAAGAAGCAGAAGCGAGUUCUGAGCAGCACGAUCAACUUCUUCUCUGGCUGCGUCGAUGAGGAGGAGGCGGGCCACUAGACUUAGUCAGCCGAGCCUGGGCAGUGUCUUUAUGCUGCUUUAGAGGUUGUUGAGGGAGGGGGCUUUAGUGCCUCUCUUGGGUUUCUGAUUAUUUGUUGCAUAAUAAAGAAGAAAUUGUUCUCUUCUCCACUUCCCCCUGUUAUCUCCAGAAGCUACCUCUGUUGUGAGCAGCCUUCCUGGAACUAUUGAGCCAUGAAUUAUUCCCAUAAUCCUAAAAAGUCCCGUAUGUUUAUUGAUCUAUCAGUUGAGAAGUUUCCCCUUUCCAGGAUUCAUGUUGGAAGUCAAUCUGGUGCCAUCCAAAUCCAUAGGAGAUGUCCGCCCUCGGCCCGAGAAGACGAAUGGCUUAUUGUUCUCGUAGGAAUAGAGACCCUUGGUCUUCUGGCAAAUGUUAAUGACAUUUUGUUAAGUUAAUAUUGGGUAAAUAAACUUGAAAUCGUG